AUACAGCAAAAAUUUGUCAGUUAUUACCACGACCUUGUGUGAUGUGCAUGCAUUUAUUUUCAGUAGAAAAUCCUCCCUUCAAAAUAUAAUUCUGAUUAAACUGGGUUUAUGUGCACACUUAUUCGAAGGUCGAAAGUAGUGUAUUCAUUUAUUGGUCGAUUAAUCAUUUUAACUUGAAAUAUUUCUUAUUGCUGCAGUAUUUAUUUAGCAUUAAAUUCAAAUCACGGUUAUAAUGAACCAAGUAUCAUUUCAAAACAAAAAUGUGGAAAAUGUACUCAAAAUUGGGGGAUGCAUGGCUGUCUCCUUCCUUUCAUAUAGAUACCUCUCAAAGUGGUAUCACAAUCUUCAGGAAAAACGCAGCAUGGAUAAAAUUCGUAGCAAAAGGCAGAAAGAAAGAGAGGCAGAGUUUUCUCUAGUUCGAGCAAAUUACCAAUCUACCUUAAAAGAGAAAACUAAAUACAAGGAAAUUAUCUCCCUGAGUUUGCCGCAAUUACAUAAAAAGCUCUCGGCACGGGAACUUUCGUCUGAAGACGUACUUCGAGCAUUCAUCUGGAAAUCAAUGUCAGUUCAGGACGAAUUUAAUUGUAUUACCGAGUUUAUUCCUGAAGCAAUGGAUAAAGCACACGAGCUGGAUAGCUUGGAGGGUGUGCGAGGUCCUCUACAUGGAUUACCAUUUUGUGUGAAGGAAGACACCGCAAUUGCAACCUAUGACUGCAGUAUGGGCUGCACCCGGCGAUUAUACCGGCCCGAAGAGGAAACUGCAGUUAUUGUCCAAUGUCUUGAAAAGUUGGGUGCAAUCCCUUUUUGUAGGACGAAUCUGCCCCAAACUUGCAUUUCGUUUGGAAGCUGUAACCCAAUAUUUGGGAAGACAGUGAAUCCAUUAAAUACAAAGGUGGGUCCGGGUGGAUCCAGUAGCGGUACGGGCUGUCUUGUUGCGGCGGGUGGCGCACCGUUCGGAACCGGAAGUGAUACCGGGGGUUCGUUAAGAUCACCGGCACAUUUUUGCGGUCUUUCAACUUUGAAGCCCACUUCGACCAGGAUAAGCAGACGAGGGUGUACGAAAUGCUGCGAUAUGUUGCCAGGAAUUCCGGGAAUUUUGACAAAAACUGUUGAAGAUCAAGUCAUAGUUUUCCAGCCUUUGAUGGAGAAUUUCUUGCAAAAUGCUAUGGACCCAUCCGUAGCUCCAAUUGCGUGGAAUGAUUUAAUGUUCAAAUCCAAUGAUGAACUUCGGAUUGGGUACUUUCUCGAGCUACCAAUGUUUCCUCCAGUUGGAGAUACUAAACGUGCCGUUUUAGAAGCAAAAUCCUUCCUCGAAUCGAAUGGACAUACUCUCGUACCUUUCGACCUGCCUGUCGACGUGGGAAACACCUUCCUAAAACUUCCAUUUGAUUCAAACAUAAAACAACGAUUUCACGACUUGCUCAACAAUGAUGAAAUUGCAGACUGCAUUAAAAAUGAGGUGGACUCCUGCAACCGGGCUGAUGGGUGGGGAAUUUGUUCACGAACAAAAACAGCACCAGUUAUUCCGACAAGGGAAGAAUUAGUGCAUAUAUUUUUGGACAAGAUGAACAAAGCUGAGAUUGAUGCCAUAAUUUGUCCGGUAUUGCCAUUCCCUGCUGUCCAGGAUGUGCAAUUGUAUCCCGGAAUUGUGGGAUACACGAUAAUGUGGAAUUUACUGGACUUUCCUGCCGGAGUUGUGAAAGUUUCGAAAGAGCGUGGGUUCGAGUGGAAAACAUCCGUAGAUAGUAUGAACGUUUCUCAUGAGAUAAAACGAAACUUAUUAAAGAAUUUGUGUGCCAGUGCCGGCAUGCCAAUUGGGGUUCAAGUAGUUGGGAAACCAUUUCAGGAAGAAAUGGUUCUUAAAGUGAUGAUGGAGUUGGAUGAAAUCAAUAAUCCUUAAUAAUUAAUAGUAAGUCUGAAUACAUAUGGGAAUGUAAAAUUGUGUGCUGAAAUAAAAUAUUGAAGUGUGUUCUUUGUUUCGUCUUAUA